UUAUUGUAUCAUGGCGAACAUCAGGUAUCGAUGAUACAGAAUCAUGUACGACCUGAAUAACGAUCGGCUGUGAGAACAUGUGAAGACGAUGUCUUCUACAGUGCCUUCCACUUCUGGCCUCGCAGAUACUCAAACGGCAAUCCUAUCAUUCUUGACAUCGAAGCAUGUUCCGCCAACGGGACAGUGGCUUGACAGUGUUUUGUCUACAUUGAAGCCGAAUGCGUCAAUUCUGGGACUACAAAAAACCGUACUGUUUCGCAUGCUGGCUUCAGACAUUACGACUUCUGUACAGUCGACGACGCAGUCGAUCCUGCCAAGCGAUGUUUCUAACCCCAAUACGGCCCAGCUUUUGAUCCGUGGCCCUAUUCUCGUUCAGAUUCUCGAUAUCGAGGACAUUGGUCGUAGCAGGUGGAGCCAAGUAGAAGCGAUCGAAAUGGAGGACAGAGGCGAGACCACGCGUGGAAGAGAGAUCAUUCGAGCCGUGCCGACCGACGAAGAUGAGAUGCAAGGCACUCGGUCGACACCUGCUGUCAAAACGCUGUCAGACGGCCCUCAUAAAUUGCUCCUGCAAGACGCAUCAGGUCGCACAGCGUAUGCCAUGGAGAGCGAAAAUCUACGUGAGAUCAACGUUGCUUCUUCCAUUGGCACGAAGCUCAUCCUGCGAAACGUGAACGUCGCUCGAGGAACACUGCUUUUGACACCAUCAAACGUAGAAAUCCUGGGAGGUAAGAUUGAUGCUUGGGACAAGAAAUGGAGGGACGACCGUAAAGGCGUGUUGAAAGGCAGGGCUGGCUGGACCGAAAGUCUGGGCUGAUGACUUUCGAAAUGCUGGGCAUUGCAGCGAAGGUUCGACGCGUCAGUAGAGAUGAUGGGUCACAGGAAGCGUUUGCGACGAGUAUUAUUCUGGCUACAUCUUUCUCAUCAUGAGACUGUACAAUCGUACGUCAUGCGCGAAAUGAGCGCGCAAGUCAAAUCGACGCCGGUCAUGGAUGCGCCUCUGACAACGAAAUCUUAGUGCCAGCUCCAAUAGUUGAUACUCAUUGAAAUCACUGGACCGCAAUUACUGCUCU